CCUCCAGCUUUUCCCUUCCUCUAAUCUUGCUUCACUCCCCUUGCUCCCUCUCCCUCCCUCUCCCCUUUCCCCUCCCUCCCUCUUUCUAAUUCCUGCCACUAGCUCGGAGCCUCAUUCAGCAGCCGCUGCCGCUGGAGUGUAAUAGGCUGAAGAUGCUGCCGAGCCCGCUCCGCGGCCACUUGUGAAUGGGACUUGCCCGGUGUCCCCGCUCCGCAGGCGGCCGAGGGACACGGCCAGCCCCGCAGCCAGAGCUGAAGUAGUGGCUGAGUGGCAGCAGAGGGCUGACAGGUGUCACAGCUCCUGAAGUGGCAUUUCAGAUGUGUGGAAUAUGCUACAUCAACUGGCAGCAGGUUUCCAGUGGGUGAAGGAACUGAGCUGGGAAGCUGCAGAGCAUUAAGGUGAUGUGUUUAAUGCGUGGUGGCAUCCUAUGUGCACAAGGAUUGGUCUGAAACUCCUCAGUGGCCCCAGACUUCCUGACUUGCAAGGUGGAAGGGGUGGAAUCUCGGAUACUCCUGUGCCUACACAGUAACCAAAAAUGAAGGAGGAGCGCUGUUUGCAGGCCGCUCUGCUGUGCCUGGGGGUGCUGUGCUGCAGCCAGGGGCUGGAGCGCCCCGGCCGCGCCCGGCCCUCGCUGCACGGGCACCGCGACCGGGGCAAGGAGGGACAAGUCCUGCACCGCUCCAAGAGAGGCUGGGUGUGGAACCAGUUCUUUGUCAUAGAGGAGUACACGGGACCAGAUCCCGUGCUCGUAGGAAGGCUUCAUUCAGAUAUUGAUUCUGGAGAUGGAAACAUUAAAUACAUUCUCUCAGGUGAAGGAGCAGGAAUCAUUUUUGUUAUUGACGACAAAUCAGGGAACAUCCAUGCAACCAAGACACUGGAUCGGGAGGAGAGAGCUCAGUACACCCUGACAGCUCAGGCUGUGGACAGGAACACAAACAGACCUUUGGAACCCCCUUCUGAAUUCAUUGUCAAAGUUCAAGACAUAAAUGACAACCCGCCCGAGUUUCUCCAUGAAAACUACCAUGCCAAUGUGCCCGAGAGAUCAAAUGUAGGUACAUCAGUUAUUCAGGUAACAGCUUCAGAUGCUGAUGACCCUACCUAUGGGAACAGUGCCAAACUGGUUUACAGUAUCCUUGAAGGUCAGCCCUACUUCUCAGUGGAGGCUCAAACAGGAAUCAUCCGAACUGCCCUUCCCAACAUGGACAGAGAAGCCAAGGAGGAGUACCACGUGGUGAUACAGGCCAAGGACAUGGGAGGACACAUGGGAGGCCUCUCAGGGACAACCAAAGUGACAAUUACGCUUACAGAUGUCAAUGACAACCCACCAAAGUUCCCACAGAGUGUGUACCAGAUGUCGGUGUCGGAAGCAGCUGUCCCAGGAGAGGAAGUGGGGAGAGUGAAGGCCAAAGAUCCCGACAUUGGGGAGAAUGGCUUGGUGGCUUACAGCAUCAUCGAUGGAGAUGGCAUGGACAUGUUUGAAAUCACCACAGAUUAUGAGACUCAGGAAGGGGUUGUGAAGCUUAAGAAGACUUUAGAUUAUGAAACCAAAAAGUCCUACAGCCUGAAGGUGGAGGCAGCCAAUGUCCACAUUGACCCCAAGUUCAUCAGCAAUGGGCCCUUCAAGGACACGGUGACAGUGAAAAUAGCAGUGGAAGAUGCUGAUGAGCCACCAGUGUUUUUGAAGCCAAGUUACAUUUUUGAAGUACAGGAGAAUGCAGCAUCUGGUACUGUGGUUGGAAAAGUACAUGCCAAAGACCCGGAUGCUGCCAACAGUGCUAUAAGAUAUUCAAUUGAUCGACACACCGACCUUGAAAGAUAUUUUGUUAUUAAUGCAGAAGAUGGCAAUAUCAAGACAAUAAAGACUUUGGAUAGGGAAGAAAUGGCUUGGCAUAAUAUCUCUGUCUUUGCAGUUGAAGUCCACAAACAGCACCAGGAAGCCAAAGUUCCCGUUGCAAUCAAGGUCGUUGAUGUCAAUGACAACGCUCCCAAGUUUGCGGCUGCCUACGAAGCCUUCGUGUGUGAGAAUGCCCGAAGCAACCAGCAAUUUAUCACAAUUAGUGCUGAUGACAAGGAUGACUCGGCCAAUGGACCAAGAUUUAUCUUCAGUUUACCACCUGAAAUUAUUCAUAAUCCAAAUUUUACCCUCAGAGACAACAGAGAUAACACAGCGAGUGUGCUGGUCAGACGGGAAGGGUUCAGUCGGCAGAAGCAGGAUUUGUACCUCCUCCCCAUCGUCAUCAGCGACGGCGGCGUGCCCCCGCUGAGCAGCACCAACACGCUGAGCAUCCGCGUGUGCGGCUGCGAUGGCAGCGGCUCGCUGCUCUCCUGCAACGCCGAGGCCUACGUGCUCAACGCGGGGCUCAGCACCGGCGCCCUCAUCGCCAUCCUGGCCUGCAUCGUCAUUCUCCUAGUCAUCGUGGUGCUGUUUGUAACCCUGAAGAGGCAGAAGAAAGAGCCCCUGAUCGUGUUUGAGGAGGAAGAUGUGCGGGAGAACAUCAUCACGUACGAUGACGAGGGCGGAGGCGAGGAGGACACGGAGGCGUUCGACAUCGCCACGCUGCAGAACCCCGACGGCAUCAACGGCUUCAUGCCCCGCAAGGACAUCAAGCCCGAGUACCAGUACCUGCCCAGGCCGGGGCUGCGGCCCGCGCCCAACAGCGUGGACGUGGAUGAUUUCAUCAACACCAGGAUACAGGAGGCUGACAACGACCCCACUGCCCCUCCCUAUGACUCCAUCCAGAUCUAUGGCUACGAGGGCAGGGGCUCCGUGGCUGGGUCCCUCAGCUCCUUGGAGUCAGCAACAACAGAUUCUGACUUGGACUACGACUAUCUACAAAACUGGGGACCUCGAUUUAAGAAACUUGCAGACUUGUAUGGCUCCAAAGACACUUUUGAUGAUGAUUCUUAACAAUAAAAUUUAAGAUUUGGCCUUAAGAACUGUGUCCGAAGUUCUGAAGAAUCCAGAGGAAAUGUAAGCAGGUAUUUUUUUAAAAAUCAAGAAAAAUCUCAUUUAAACAUUUAAGUUUGACAGAGAGGAUUCCUUUGAUAAAAAAGGACAUGAAAGUGGUAAAUACUGUGAAGUACCUUUUCCUACAAAAGGCAAAUCUGGAAGCUGGCUGCCAGCUUCACUGAAGGAAAAAACCCACUUAAGAUAUGCGAAAUAUUUAAAUGAAGGAAAAUGCUAAAAGCAAACCUACAAAUAAGGGAAAUCUUUUACGUGUUAUGAACAUCUAAAUCUUUUAUUUCAAAGAAGCUUCCACAAAUUAGAAAAGAUAACAGUUCUGAGCUGUAAUUUCGCCUUAAACUAUGGACACUCUAUAUGGUAGUGCAUUUUUAAACUUGAAAUAUAUAAUAUUCAGCCAGCUUAAACCCAUAUGAUGUAUGUACAGUACAAUGUACAAUUAUUAUGUCUCUUGAGCAUCAAACUUGUUACUGCUGAUUCUUGUAAAUCUUUUUGCUUAUUCUUUCAUCUUAAACUAAUAUGUGCCAGAUAUAAAAACUCUGUCUUGUUCGGUGGGAGGCACCCUAUUUCUAUGUCAUUUUUAAUGUAUCUAUUUGUACAAUUUUAAAAUUCUUAUUUUAGUAUACAUACAAAUAUCAGUAUUCUGACAUGUAAGAAAUGUUACAGCAUCACACUUAUAUUUUAUGAACAUUGUACUGUUGCUUUAAUAUGUGCUUCAAUAUAAGAAGCAGACUUUGAAAUAAACUGAUUCUUUUUUAAUUCUUGUUCUGGUUAUUAAGCAUAUUAGGAAAAACAUAGUGUUUCUAAUGUCCCAUUUAUAGUUCUGACUAAUUUACUACAAUUGUGACCUUUUAAUAGCCUUAUUUAUUAUGUAUUUGUAGUUGGUUUGUUGCCUUGUUAAGUGAUUAUUUAAAAAUCAAGUACAUUUUACAAAUGUUUUUAGAUUAAAACAAAUGUAACGUCUGGUGAACAUUUUGUACCCUCUCUAUCUACAGCUUGUGGCUGCUCCCAGAACACAGUAAGAAUCAUCAUAUAGUCCUACUGUGUUUUCUGGAUUAAAUUAAGUGUAAUAUUUUUCAAUAUUUCCCAUGUAAUAGCAUUUAUCUUAUAUCUUAGAGAUUCCCGAGGCUUCAGGAGUGACUUUUUGGGUGGACAGGAGUACUCUGUGCUUACACUUUACUCCAGCCUUGUGAGUUUCUGUAUCUGUGCUGAGCUUCUGCAGGUUCUAGAGACUGAAAUCUGACCCAGUUUAGCUGUGACUUCCCUAAGGACUCUUCUACCUGAAUUACCUUACCUGAGUAGUAAUUAAGAUCCUGGUACUCAAUUCCAUUUUUCCUUUGGCUUUUUUUUUUUUUUCUUUGGG